AUGCAACCCUGGGCCUUGGUAUCUCCAGCGUCCCGAGGCAUUGGCCUUGAGCUCGUCCGUCGACUGCUGCAGACCACCGACGUGCCGGUGGUAGCAACGGCCAGAAAGGAUUUGGACCAGACCAGAGAGAAAGUACUCUCCGGGCUACACAAUGUCAAGGAGGAUAGACUGCAUCUGCUGAAGCUGGAUGUGCUGGGUGAGACACGUGUAGCAAUGUCACCUGGAAACAAUGCUUACGUCCCAGCAGAGGAAGACAGCGUUGCCGAAGCGGCCAACAAAGUGGCAGAGAUCUACCCCAAGAAAGAAUCCUACCUUCACCUGUCCCUCGCCGUCGCCGGCUUGCUCUUCCCGGAGAAAGCGCCGACACAGAUCAACUACGACGAUGCCCUCCUGACCUUUCGCACCAACACGCUGGGACCUAUGCUUCUCCUGAAGCAUUUCUCGCCGUUUCUGCCGCGAAAGGCAACGAAGAUCGACGACCUCGAGGGCCUUCCCAAGAGCGCGGUCUGGGCCAACAUGUCUGCUCGCGUGGGCUCCAUUGGCGACAAUCGGCUCGGCGGGUGGUACAGCUAUCGCGCUUCCAAGGCGGCGGUCAACCAGUUGACAAAGUCCUUCGAUAACUACCUCCGUACGAGCGCGGGCGAUAACGCAAUGAGUAUCAGUCUACAUCCGGGCACGGUGAAGACGGGGCUGAGCAAGGAGUUCUGGAACAACGUCAAGGAAGACAAGCUGUUCAGCACCGAAUUCGCGGCGGAGAAGCUCAUGGAAGUGAUCAACAGCCGCAAGAUGGACGAGAGAGGCAGAUGCUGGGAUUGGAAAGGCGAGGAAGUUCCCCCUUGA